AUGAGUUCACUGGCUAAGCCGACCAUCAAGCAAAUCGAAAAAUGUACCGACUUCUCACAAUUAGCCAGAGGUAUCAGUCAUGUAUUCAAUGAUGCCCAAUCAACACUUUCGGGGCACAGAAAACUCGUAAUCCUUCUACGGAAAAUACAAGUAAGAGCCACCCAAAUCGAUUCGGAGGAGCAAUUCAACUUUCAGUUCACGAAAACUAUCUCCAAGAUGCUCAACCUCAAGAAAGGAGAAGCCGCUGGCGACAGGAUCGCCAAAUUUUGCUCUUUGUUUGUUUCAACAAUGGCGAAACAAGAACAGGAAAACCCAACCCUUCGCAUCGAUCCAAGUCUAAAAUCUGAGGACGAGAGCGAUACGAGCGAUGUAAGUGACUCUGAACAGGAGAAAGAAAAUGUGGCAUGUGAAUUUAUAGAUUAUUUGAUUCGUCACCUCCUUCGUGGCAUUGAAUCUCGAUUUAGAGAUGUGCGCUACAGAAUCGUCCAAUUGCUUGCAUAUUUGGUAAACCAUAUUACCGAAAUGGACGAGCAGCUCUUUUCUGCUCUCAAAUUUUCUCUUAACCGACGCCUACAUGACAAAGAAUCAAUGGUUCGUAUCCAAGCGGUGGUAGCCAUGUCAAGAUUUCAAUACUACGAAGAAAGUGACCCUUCAAAGAUAAACCACGCAACCAAGUCUCUCAUAAAUGCUUUGAAACACGAUGACUCGCCAGAGGUGAGGAGGGCGGCAUUGCUAAAUCUUGUAAAAACAUCAAGGUCAAUCCCGGAACUUAUAGAGCGGUCACGAGAUGUCAAUGCUAUCAAUAGAAGGUUGGUUUUUUCUAGAGUUGCGAAAGAAAUUCCUUCUUUUCUAGAUUUGAGUCUUGAAAUCAAAGAGAGCAUUUUAAAUCGUGGCCUUAAUGACAGAGAGCCAAGUGUGCGAGCGGCUGCUAUCUAUCUUUUAACAAAGACCUGGCUUCCGCAAGUGAACGAUGACAUUCUCAUGUUCCUCGAAAACAUGCAAGUAGUCGACAGCAGUGCAAUGCCAUUGGCCAUGAAUGCCAUAUUUGAAUCUCAUCGCGAUAGAAUAAAUACAAUUGUGUUUCCACAGGAAUCUUGGAACGAGCUCACGGUGGAGAAAGCCUUUUUCAUAAGAAGCCUCUACGACUUUUGCUCGAAACAUGAUUUGUAUGAUUGCAUUGAUGAAAAUAUACCCGAGCUUUCAAAAUUGGCACACGUCAUACAAGAGUAUCUCAAACUCCGCAGCUCAAUGCUCAGUUCCAAUGCACAAUUGGUAGAUGAGUACCUUGAAUUUCACAAUAAAGCCGAGAGCCUCCACAGAUUAGUGCGCAAUGGAGAAGGAGAUCUCAAAGACUUACAGCGCAAAGUUGAAAAGGAAACAACUAUCAUAGCAGAGCUCCAAAGUCGAUUAUCCGAGGCAGAUCCAAAGAUCAAUAAAUUGCAGACUCAAUUGAAGUCUCUCAAAGCUGCAACAAAAGAUGGGGAUGUCGACAAAACAGCAUUUCAACAGAAGAUUGAAUCUCUAGAAGAGGAAUUAAACGAGAAAACAGAUGAAAAAGAUGAGUUUAUUCUGCUCUUGUCCGAGCAUACUACAUCAUUGACUGAUGCAGAGGUUCUCUUAAAGGAUAUGGAAAAGGCCCAGGUGCAUAGAGAAGCUGAAAGAAAUAAGUUCCUCCGAGGCACAGAUGAUUUGGAAGUCAAAUAUCGUCCCUUCGGAGACCAAAAGAAGGAUCUUGAGUUUGUUUUAGAGCAAAUUCUACUCAUAAUAGAAAAGAGUGACUUCGCAGAUGUCGCUGGAACCAGAAGAUUAAUGCCUAUUAUCACAAGCGCUUUGACCAACGAUAAUCUCAAUGAGUCAAAUGUGGCCAUUUGCAUUAGAAUAAUUCGCAAAUCAUCGAUAGACGAGAAUUAUUUCUCUCAAUUGUGUACAGAGAUUAUCACUGACAUAAGAGAUUCUGCGCUUGGCGAGAACGAUGAAACCUUUAUGUCAGCAGCGUCGUUAUUUGGCAAUUCAAGUCUUGUUGAUGAUGACGAGAAUGAUGACCUUCCAAGCGAAGAUAGAGAUGAAGACGCAGAUGCAGAUGCAGAUGCAGAAAACCAACCUGACAAACGUAGAAAGAUUGCACCAAUCCUUCCACCAGACAAUCUUUUGAUUCAGUGUUUGGUAGUAUUGCAAUACUAUUUGGAAGUCGCGGAGGACACCCGUUGUAACAGCUAUCAACUCGACACAUUGAUCGAUACCUUGAUUCGUCCCGCUCUUGUCAAUAACAAGAACAGCAGAAUUCGAUUUCUAGGUUACAAGACUCUAGGGUUGUUCUCACUUAUUGACGAAGGACUUGGGGCUUCAAAUUUGAAGUUUUUCGGAAUAAGUGCUUCGAAAGCACAUGACGAGGACCUCAAAGCGCUAUGCAUGCAGAUUAUUUUUGAUAUUGUCUCAACGCAUGGCGUUGGAAUACUUGAUAUUGAAGGAGAAGAUGCGGUCGACUCUUUGUCUUUGGCGAGACUAUUCUACAGUCUACUCAAGAAUACGGAAAUGCCGCAUUUACAGGCUGUUGUUGCCGAAGGCUUGUGCAAGCUAUUCUUAGCAGAUUUGCUUGUCGAUUUUGGAAAAGAUGAACUGGAAAAUGAUGACGAGGAAGCUCUGCAAGAGACGCAGCUUUUGCAAAUGCUAUUGAUGUCCUACUUUCAUCCAUUAAAUCAUGAAAACCAAGAGCUCAAACAAAUUCUUGCCUUCUGUCUCCCAGUCUAUUGUUUCAGUCACACCAAGCAUCAAAUAAAGGUGAGCUCCAUUAGUGGUGAUUGUUUCUAUCGCUUAUUCCGAACUGAGAGUGAAUUUGCUGAGUAUGAGAAUUUGGCAUCUUCAUCUUCCGUUUUGCAGUUACUAAUCUACUGGUGCGAUCCUCGGAAUGUCAUAAAUGCUACUCAGGCUGAAAUUGAGAGAAGCGCAUCUCAUUUUUGGCAGGCGAUGAAGUUUUUGCAGAUCAUCGAGCAAGAUACUUCCAGAGCAGUAAAGAGAUUAAUUAUUGGAAACUUGGGCAAACUCAGCAUCACGGAGCAUUUGGGUUCGGAGGCACUUCGGGGACUAAGAAUUGCCAUCAGUGACACCAGACUCCAUAUUUUGAGCAACAGUUCAAAUCCGGAUUUCGUAUUGGACCAAGCUUCAGAAAAAAAUCUCGAGAAAUUUUACUCAUCUAUUGGUGAAUUGAUCAUGAAAGCAGACGCCCUCGAAACACAGAAAGAUGUUGAAUUGGGAACAGUCUCGGAGACUGCUUCACAAAAAUCAUCCCGAGCUCUGUCGAGAAAACCGUCUGGAGACUUACCUCCACUAUUAGGUGUCGAAGAUGUGGAUAACAAUGAAUUAGGCGAACAAAGUAUUGUGUCUACUGAAAAAGCAAAAGAAUUAGAUGACGGCGGAACCAGAUCUGAGGACAUGAAUGUCGAUCAAGCAGCAGAACCCGAAAUUGAAACUACAGAGGGAGUUGAGAUGGUCGAUGAGAACAUAGCAGAACCCGAGGUUGAAAGUGCAGAGGGAGUUGAGGAAGUCGAUGAGAAGAUAGCAAAAACCCGCUCGCCGGAGAAGCCUGUGGCACCUGUCCUCAAGUUGGUUGACGAAGAUCUCAGUGAAAUAGAUAAACUAUUAGCCGAGGAUGAUGAAAUUGAGUACGAUAUUGAGGAUCAAAGUGAAUAG